UUUUCAUUUUCAUUUCUCUUCUCCUCUGUGCAAAUCAUGACUCUUUUCCAUUCCAUUCGGUCAAGGAAAAAGAGAAAUCCCUCCUUUUCCUUUGCUAACCCCCCUUAGAUUCUUCUACAGCUCUCCUUUGAUUAGCUUUUGUCCAAAUCAUGUCAGAUUUCAGCAAAACUGCACCAUUCAGAUGCUUCUUUUGACUCUGUUUCUCUAAACGCGUCUUCAAAUCUAGGGUUUUUAUGGGGUUUAUGAGUCUUUGGGUUUAUUGGGUCGACCAAAGCUUUCCUGAUCUCAUCAAAUAAGAUCGAGUUUUCGCAGGUUUUGUUUUUGUGGUUUUCUGAAUUAGUCUGGCGUCACUGUUGGUGGAAUUUGAUAGCUGAUCACCAUAUUCUGGACAUGCAUAGGAUCUUAUUAUUUUUCUCCUUGCAAGAUGAGGUUCAGUGUUAACAAGCUCGACCUGAGUGUUACUCAUCUUAUUCGAAUUUAAUCGGUUUUCAGAAGAAUCUGCCACGUGGGACGUUCUGAGUUGGGUACAAUAUUUAUUGGAAUUCCAUGGCUUACAUGUCGAUUCCGAGUUCUGGUUCCGGAUCGAGAUCGAGUUCGAAUUCCGGGUUUCAAUUCUUGAAUUCUCCUUUCGGAGACACCACUUACACCAAAGUCUUCGUCGGUGGAUUGGCUUGGGAGACGCAGAGCGAAACUAUGCGUCGAUACUUCGAGCAGUUUGGAGAGAUUCUCGAGGCGGUCGUGAUUACAGAUAAGAAUACGGGGAGGUCGAAAGGUUAUGGUUUUGUGACUUUCCGUGAUCCUGAAUCUGCAAGGAGAGCCUGUGCUGAUCCAAACCCUGUUAUUGACGGUAGGAGGGCUAACUGUAACUUGGCUUCACUUGGGCGACCUAGGCCUGGUCCGCCUUAUGGGCGCCUGAGGUCAGCAGGUCCCUUUUUUGGCAGUUUACAAGUUCCUCGGGGAGCAUAUGUAGGAAGCCCUGGUUACCACCAACCGGUUUCUUACAGUUACCAACAAGGAUUUGCAUAUCCUCCAUAUGGGUACACUACAUAUGGACCUGAAUACGUCUACCCACAGGGUGUUUAUAAUCCUUACAUGGGUCAGCAAUAUCUUCAGAUAUAUGGGGUACCGGGGGCAGUUAACCCAGCUGUCUACCCUUUUGGGCAAUUUGGUCAGCCUCUUCCUGGCAGUCAUGGGUAUGCAACGGUUCAGGGCUACGCAAUGCCAGGUCCUCAUCUUGUGCAAUAUAGUGGGCCCAGUGUCAACGGAGUAACCACAGCUCCUAUUCCUACAAUUCAAGCCUCGUAUCCUACAGGUGUAGCAGCUCCAGUUCCUUCACAGCCACAGUUCAUGGUUCCUGCUCAUUCUCCUCAGUUCACGCAGGGUAGUGGUUCAGACCAGACGAUAGGUUGAAGGGUAGAUC